AUGUCUCAUGAAAAUCUUGUCGAAUGUCCGAAUGCUUCAGUUACAGAAACUUAUAUUCAUCGAAAACCAUUUUCGAAUGCUUGGGAUAAAAGUCCAUCAUCAGCUGUUAUUGCCUCACAAGCCGUACCGUUGCAUCGAAUACACCAUGCUCAACUGUUGAAAUCUUACAAGUCCAUCAUAUUGUCAUCACAUGUUGCCUAUGGUGUCCAUUAUAGUGAUCGUUGUUGGAAACAAUACUUUCUUCAGAAAGUCAUUGGUCGAACUGGUAUCAAAGAUUGGAAUAUACCCAAAAACAUUAGUAUAUUCAGUCCAAGUGAAGGCUGGCGGAAACUAUCAAACGGAGCAACGAUAAAAGAUACAACAUUUCGAGACUUCAAACGUAAGAUCAUGCAAAUGCCUAUUCCAAAGCCUAACAUAUUUCGAUGA